ACCUAGCAAAUUGAACAGUCGUUGUUGAGCAGCAGGUUCAUUCAUCAAGCAAAUAUGGAGUGGGCUAAUCAAUUAUGCGAGAACCGGCAAUUUGGAUCCAAGAUGACGGACUCUAAGUAUUUCACCACUACCAAGAAAGGAGAGAUCUUUGAGCUGAAAGCUGAGCUGAACAGCGAUAAGAAGGAGAAGAAGAAGGAGGCUGUGAAGAAGGUCAUUGCCUCCAUGACCGUUGGGAAGGAUGUCAGUGCCCUGUUUCCAGAUGUGGUGAACUGCAUGCAGACUGACAACCUGGAGCUGAAGAAGCUAGUCUACCUGUACCUGAUGAACUAUGCCAAGAGCCAGCCUGACAUGGCCAUCAUGGCUGUCAACACCUUCGUCAAGGACUGUGAGGACGCUAACCCCCUAAUCCGGGCCCUGGCUGUUCGUACUAUGGGCUGCAUCCGCGUGGACAAGAUCACUGAAUACCUGUGUGAGCCUCUGAGGAAGUGUCUGAAGGACGAGGACCCCUACGUGAGGAAGACUGCAGCCGUGUGCGUGGCCAAGCUCCAUGACAUCAACGCCCAGCUGGUGGAGGACCAGGGCUUCCUGGAUACCCUCAAGGACCUCAUCUCUGACUCCAACCCCAUGGUGGUAGCGAAUGCCGUGGCAGCCCUGUCUGAGAUUGCAGAGUCCCACCCCAACAGCAACCUGCUGGACCUGAACCCCCAGUCCAUCAACAAGCUGCUGACGGCCCUCAACGAGUGCACAGAGUGGGGUCAGAUCUUCAUCCUGGACUGCCUGGCCAACUACACCCCCCGUGACGACCGCGAGUCCCAGAGUAUCUGUGAGCGGGUGACCCCCCGUCUGUCCCAUGCCAACUCUGCGGUGGUGCUGUCGGCGGUCAAGGUGCUGAUGAAGUUCAUGGAGAUGCUUCCUAAGGAUCUGGACUACUAUGGCACCCUGCUGAAGAAGCUGGCCCCGCCCCUGGUCACCCUGCUGUCUGCAGAGCCUGAGCUGCAGUAUGUGGCCCUGAGGAACAUCAACCUCAUCGUACAGAAACGCCCAGAGAUCCUGAAGCAUGAGAUGAAGGUGUUCUUUGUGAAGUACAACGACCCCAUCUAUGUCAAGCUGGAGAAACUGGACAUCAUGAUCCGCCUGGCGUCUCAAGCCAACAUCGCCCAGGUGCUGGCAGAGCUGAAGGAGUAUGCCACUGAGGUGGAUGUGGACUUUGUGCGGAAGGCAGUCCGAGCCAUCGGCCGCUGUGCCAUCAAAGUGGAGCAAUCAGCGGAGCGCUGUGUGAGCACCCUGCUGGACCUCAUCCAGACCAAGGUCAACUAUGUGGUGCAGGAGGCCAUCGUGGUCAUCAAGGACAUUUUCCGCAAGUACCCCAACAAGUAUGAGAGUGUGAUCGCGACGCUGUGUGAGAACCUGGACUCUCUGGAUGAGCCAGAGGCGCGGGCGGCCAUGAUCUGGAUCGUAGGAGAGUAUGCUGAGAGGAUUGACAACGCUGAUGAGCUGCUGGAGAGCUUCCUGGAGGGCUUCCACGACGAAAGCACCCAGGUGCAGCUGCAGCUGCUGACAGCCAUAGUGAAGCUGUUCCUGAAGAAACCCACUGAGACCCAGGAGCUGGUGCAGCAGGUGCUCAGCCUGGCCACACAGGACUCUGACAAUCCMGACCUGCGAGACCGUGGCUACAUCUACUGGCGCCUGCUCUCCACUGACCCCGUGGCUGCCAAGGAGGUGGUACUGGCCGAGAAGCCCCUGAUCUCGGAGGAGACCGACCUGAUUGAGCCCACCCUGCUGGAGGAGCUCAUCUGCCACAUCGGCACYCUGGCUUCCGUCUACCAUAAACCCCCCAGCGCCUUCGUGGAGGGCAGCCGCGGUGUGAUGCACAAGAGGCUCCCCGCCCGCACUGGAUCAGGAGAGAGUACGGAGAGCCCCGACGUGGGCACUGCUGCUGGGGGCUCUGCCCCUGAGGCUGCUCCCUCUAUCAUCCCCUCCCAGGGAGACCUCCUGGGGGACCUUCUCAACCUGGACAUGGCACCCCCCACCACCAGCGGCCCACCCCCCACCACCGGCAUGCAGAUGGGGGGCAUGGACCUCCUGGGUGGAGGUCUGGACAGCCUGCUUGGAGGAGAUAUUGGUGGGAGUCCUGCGAUGGGGGCAGGUUUUGGGGCGGCUCCUGCUGUGAUGCCAGCCURGCUCAAUGCCCCAGUGGGGGGUGGCCUAGGAGACCUGUUUGACCUGGGAGGUGGGGUUGGCAUGCCGAUGGGAGCAUAUAUUCCUCCUAAAAUAGUGUGGCUCCCGGCCAUGAAGGCUAAAGGUCUGGAGAUUUCUGGGACCUUCGCUCGGCGUGCUGGAGUCAUCCAGAUGGAGCUGAUCCUCACCAACAAGGCCAUGAGCAUCAUGACUGACUUCGCCAUCCAGUUCAACAGGAACAGUUUUGGCCUGGCCCCUGCCGGCCCUCUCCAGGUCCUUACCCCUCUCGGCCCAAACCAGACAAUUGAAGUCAGCCUCCCCCUCAGCACUGUCGGGCCAGUCAUGAAGAUGGACCCUCUCAACAACCUGCAGGUGGCUGUGAAGAACAACAUUGACGUCUUCUACUUCAGCUGCCAAUACCCCAUCAGCAUGCUGUUUGUGGAAGAUGGAAAGAUGGAGCGUCAGGUGUUCCUGGCAACAUGGAAAGACAUUCCUAAUGACAACGAGUCUCAGUUCCAGAUCAAAGACUGUCAUCUCAACUCAGAUGCAGCCAGCAGCAAGCUGCAGGGCAGUAACAUCUUCACCAUAGCCAAGCGCACUGUGGAGGGCCAGGACAUGCUUUACAUGUCCAUCAAACUGUCCAAUGGCAUCUGGGUGCUGGCUGAACUGAGGGUGCAGGCUGGAAACCCCAACUACACGAUCUCUCUGAAGUGCAGAGCACCAGAGGUGUCCCAGUGUGUGUUCCAGUGCUACGAGGCAGUGCUGAAGAACUGAACCCCUGACAGGGCUGAAGUAGGGGGUGCAACCUGAGGUCUGGAGACUGGCCCUGACUGGAGGGAGCUCCUGGACCCCAACCCUCCUGACCCUCUCCUCUCCUCCCCCUUCUCCUCCUGACAUACAGGCUUCUGAAAGACCCUUUCCUUGUAGAAUCUCCAACUCUGUCUGUCUGUCUGUCUGUCUGUGUGCCUCCCUGGGGACUCUGGUUUCUAUCUGUUCUGUCUGUCAAGCACUAACCCUCCACUCUACAAGUCCUUAUCUGAUUCAAGUCUGAAGUCUCUAGACCAAUCCUGUCACUCACGUCAAUAGUUGGGAAUGGCCUUUGUCUUCUUCACCUUGAACAUGGUUGGGGUUGUGUUUCCCAUAACCCACCAAGUCUAGUCGGUCUUCAAUGAGAGAUCACUACCCUAUCAGAUCUCCCUUACAUGAUGGCCAACUCCAGUCCAGCCUCUGCUGAUCUGAUUCAGUCCACCCUUCUCCCAUGAGCCUCUAAUCUGGGGCACACCUGGUAGGGGUUUUCAUCCAGUGCUGUUGGAGACUGUGAUGCGAUGGACUCUUGUUCCUUGUGACUGUUUCUCCAUAUCUCCCCCCUGAUGUCUUCUCUUUUCACGAUUAUCUCACCUCGCGUCUCUGCAAAUUAGUACCUAUAUUUAGUGUGUGUAAUCAGCAGUUAAAUCUCUGUCAGCAUACCUUUUGGUGCUUCAAAUUAAAAUGUGGCAGUACAGACACAUUGUUUCCCCAUAUCUUGGGGCUGUGAAGCACCUGCUGUGUUCCUGUUCUGUCACUUCACUCAGCCCCCCCCC